AUGAAUUAAAGAUAAAGUAGAUUAAGCAAAAUACAUGCCUAUACUUCUAAGCUUUCAAUAUAGUAUUUUCAUUAACUUAUUCCUGAAAUAACACAUAAAACAAGAAGAUAAAAAAAAUUAGAUUAAAUAGAAGAAUAUGUUUAGAUUUAUGAAAUCUAUUUGAAAAUGCUUCUUGGAUAAGAUAUUGGACGUGCAGAUGAAAAACGAUUUUAUACUCUCAACAAUAUUCCAUAAUUAGAUGAUAAUACAAUAAUGGAAUAUGAUUUACCAGAGGCAGUCAUAAGGUAUAAUUUAAUUUAAUUUAUGAAUUUUAAAGUCUUCCAAACCCAGAUAUGAUUCCAGAUGAAUAUGAUUACAAUAUAAAGUAAUUGGAAAUUUUUGAAUAAAUUGUAAAGUCUCUUUAGAUUGAUGAUAAGUCAAUGCACGAUAAAUUAUUUAUAAAAGCUAUAGAAAAUGCCUUUACUCAUUUAGCUGAUCGUAAAAUAUAUUCGUUAUUUGAAUUAAAGACAAGAGGUUUAGAAUCAAAUCAACAAUAAUAAAGAAAUACUUUGGUAUUAUUUGGAACUUCUUAAUAAUUAUUUUAAAAAUCUCCAGAUAGAAGUCCAAAUUCCAUAAUUCUUGUAGAUAAUAAUCUUAAUCAGAUGAAUAGAACAUCAGAUUUCCCUAUUUAUAAAAAGGAAGAUCAAUUGACUAAAUUGGUUAAAAAGUUUAGAAAUUAUUUAAAAGAUAACAUCUCACAUUAUUAAGGCAGUUUAAAUAAUAUCGCUGAUUGUUUAUAAAUUGAUAUGUAGAAAUUAGUAUAUGUUUAAAAGAAAGCAUAUAGCUAAGGAGAAUAUUUAAAACUAUAAGGAUAAUCUUGGUAUAGAACAAGGAAUGAAACAUCAGAUAUUUUGACUCUCAUUAGAAAUGCUUUGAUAAUUUAAUUAUCUAGAAAAGGAUUCAAUGUGAAAUCAUUUAUAUCUAAAAAUGGAUAAACUAUUUAUCUUUGUUUGUAUAUGACAGAAAAGAUGCUUGAAAUUGCUGCUGAAAAUUUUGCUUUACCAAAGAAAUUAAGCUAUUGUUUUACUGAUCUUUUAUCUUUAGAACCUGUAGAUAAAUAAUAUCGUCCUCUAAGAUUAAAUGGUAGAUUAUGGAGACCUGAUGAAUAUAGUAAUUCUUCUUAUUUGGAAUAUUUAAGACCCCUUAUUAUUGAUUAAAUAAAAUAGAUAAAUUUCAAAAGAUUAGCAAGAGAAGUAGGGUAAAGUGGUUUAAAUAUUGAAUUAUUUGAAUAUGGAAAAUCUGAUUUAUAUGGAGAUUAGGAUGGACCAACUGAUGAAGAAUGGACAGCUUAUUAUAAAUAUUUAGUUCAUUUAAAUAAACAUAUAUAAAUUGAAAGAGAUAAAAAUCAAAUAGAUAGUGAUAUUGCUUUAUGUAUAGAUGGUUAAAAGACAGUUGAAUAACUUUAUGGAAUUAGAACUAAUAGAAAAGAUUAAAUAAAUUAAUUUACUGAUUUAAGUGAAGAAGCUUCUGAAAAAAUUAGUGAAAUGUAUGAUAAAGUAAGAGAAUUAAUAGAUUUAACAAAUAAUAUAAAUUUAAUAAAUGAUCUACCAAAAUUAAAAUCUAUUAAAUUAAUCAAAUAACAAUAAUUAGCUCAUAAUUAUUUAAGUUUUUUUCAAGAAGCUUUAAAAGUUGCUAAUUGUUCUCAACAAUAUUUAAAAACAAUAUGGGAUAGAUAUAAUUAAAAACCUUUUGAAUUAUAUGUUCCUUUUAAAAUUAAUUAUAUUGGUGAAUCUUUAAAGAAUAUUGCUAAAUACUAACUUAAAUGGUGUAGAUAUAUUAAAAAUGAAUAAAAUUAAAUUACAUUAUUUCCUAAUAAUGAAAGAUUGAAAUUAGCAUCUUCAGUUAUUACUUAAACAAUUAAUUUAAAUACUUUAAUUAAUUUGUAAUUUGUUAAACAAAUAUUCAGUUUACAUGAUUAAUAUGAAUUAUUUGGAUAUUGCAAAAGUAUCUAAAAAGCUGUAAGUGAAGAAAAGCAUAAUUAUAAGAAAAAACCUUUUGAUAUUGCAAGUGAAUGGAAUUUAGAUUAUUUACAUCCAUGGAAUUCACCAACAGAUAAUAUUUGUUUCUAUUUUGGAGAGAAAGUUGGAUUAUAUUUUGAAUUUACUUCAUACUUUAUUAAAUUUUCAACUCCUAUGGCAGCUUUUGGAUUGUUAUUUAGUGUUUUAUUAUAUACAUCAUAGAAUUACAAUAAUGAUAUAUAUACAGCAACUGUAUCCAUUUUUUCUAUUUUAAUUGUUCAUUGGAAUUCUUUUUAAACAGAUUGUUGGCAUUAAUAAUAAUUAACUUUUAAUCUUAAAUAUGGAUAAAAUAAAAAUGUUAAAGAGAGUAUUAUACGUAGUUCAUUUAAAGGUGAAAAUGUAAGAUCAAUUGAAAAUGAUGUAUUAAAUUCAAUAGGAGUUAUACAUUCUAAAUUUAUAUAGAGAUUGAUUAUAUCUGUUUUUAUAUUAAUAUUUUUAGUUGGAUCAGAUAUUGGAAGAAUAGUUGGAUUAUAUUUUUUUAAUUUAUAUUUAAAAUCAAAAUUAGAUGAAUUAGGAAAUUAAUUUUAAUAUUUUGAAAUAAUAAUUACAGCAUCACUCAAUUAUUUUAUUUAAUUAUUAAUAAGUUAGUUUUAUGAAUAAAUAGCUACUAUUUUAACAGAUUUUGAAAAUUUUUAGACAUCUUAUCAAUAUGAAACUAGUUAUAUUAUCAAAAAAUAUACAUUAUAUUGUUUUUCAUAGGUUUUUCCAUUAUUAAUGAUUAGUUUUCUAAAUUCUCCUUUAUAAUUAUAUUGUAAAGAAGAAAAUUGUAAACGUAAUGUUGAAUAUUAUUUUGGAACAACUAUGAUGUUAAUGUUUUUAAUGUAAGUGUUUAAAUUUUUAAAGACCUUUUAAAAUGAAAUGGUGAAAAAUCCUUAAAAAUUAUAUCCAUAUAAUUAUUAAAGUAUGUGUGAUUUUAUUGAAAUUUAAGAGUAAAGAAUCCCUUUUUAAAAAAGUGUAGAAAAAUAUGGAAAUAUAGAUGAAUAUAUGGAUUUCUUUUUGUAAUUAACAUUAACUAAUAUAUUUGGUUGUUUAUUUCCAUUUAGUAUAACUUUAUUUUGGAUUUGGAAUAUUUUAUAAGUUUAGAUAUCUAAAUUAAGACUUUUGUAUAUUUUCUAAAGACCUUGGCCAAAAGGGGAUGGUUCAUUAGGGAUUUGGGAUGAUUUUUAUUAGUUAAUUAAUUUUAUUACACUUUUAUGUAAUACUGGAUUAAUUUGUAUAUAUUAUUAUGAUACAUUGCAAGAUUAAGUUAUUAUCUUAUUUUUAGCAUUAUUGUUUUAUAAUUUUUUUAUUAAAUACCUUACUAAUUCUAUAUUUGGAAAUUCUCCAAUUAUUGUAGAUUAAAUAGUGAAAAGAAGUUAGUAUAUAUUUAAAAGUAAUGUUUAAAGUAAAUCAAAAUUAAAUAGAUUAUCUUAAAAAGAUAAUAAAUAAAAAUUAUAAAGAUGUCCUCUAUUUAAAGUAUAUGGAUCAUCUAUUUAUCAUUAAUAUGAACGUUUCGAAACUAUUAGUUCUGAAGAUGAAAUAGCUGAUUAUUAUACAAAGAAUAGUAAAUAAAUUUCAAAAAGAUUAGUAUAUGAAGAAGAAAUGUUUAAUUUCAAGAUGAAUUAAUUAAAUCUUAGUAAUAAGUAAUAAUAACAAUAAUAGCAACAAUAUCUUAUGAAUAAUUAAAAUACUUAAAGGAAAAUAUAAGCAGAUUCAUUAGAUUAAUCUAGUAAUUAACUUAUUGUUCCUGUUAAAGAAUUUGUAAGAUAAGAAACAUUUACAAGAAGAAAUAUGUAAUCAAAAAUAAAGGAUAGAAUAAAAAAAAUAAAAUAAGUAUAGAAAUUGAAUUAUGAAUUCUUAUUCAAAUAUUAUUCAAAAAGAUCUAUUAAUGGUGCUUUUAGAAUUUAAUCAUCUUAAAAAGGAGAAAAGUAUCUCAUUUAAGUUAGAACAAAAAUAUGGAGAUUUUUCUUUAGAUUGAAUCUUCUAUCUAGUUAUAAUAUGUUUUGGAGUGAUUAUAGAUUAUUUAUUGCUUAAAGUUAUAUUUAAAGAAAAUCAUAAUUAUUUCAUAAUUUAGAUUAUAAGAGAUAUUCUAUUUUGAAAAAGAGUUUUGAUAAAUAACAUGAAUAUUAUAGAAAUUAAGCUAUGUUAAAAUUUAGAAAAUAAUUUCAAUAAUUUGGUAAUACACUUACAUCUGAAGAAGUUAAAGAAUAUAAUGAAUUAGUUUAUAAAUAUCAGAAUUAUAUUGAAAAAAGAACUUGGUUAAAUUGUAGAAAAGUAUAAAUAUUUAGAUACAAAGGAUUAUUUUUUAGAGGAUUUAGAAAAUAAACAUUAAGGAAAUAAUCUAUUUAAUAUGCUUUAGAAUAUUAUGAAGCUACUAAAAAAUUAGAAGAUAUUCAAUUUGAGUCAGAUAUUCAUAAGAAAUUUGGAACUAUUGUAUAAUAUUCAUGUAUUCAUCAAUAUAAUUUUAAUCAAUUUAUUGAUUUAUUUAAUAAAUUAGAAUAUGAGUAAAUUAUUAUUUAUAAUUUUAUAUAGGUAAAAAAAACAAUUCGUAUUUUCAUCUACAAAUAGUAGAACUAUACAAAAAAUAUAUUAUCUUGAAUCAUUGAAAUCAGAAGUUUAUAAAAAUGUUAUUGAUAAAGCUAAAGAUACUUAUAUUUUUGAGUAGCAUUCACAGAAAGUAGAAGAAUAUGCUUUGCAAUAUUUUCUUGAUGAAAUGAAUUAGAUUCCAAAUAUAAAAAUGAAGAAACACUUACAUGAUAUACUUUGGAUAGUUAUAAUAGAAGAUAAAGAAUAUCUAAUGUAAUUUUUUUAAGUUAGACAUGGUUAAUAAUUAUAAUUUUAAAAAUAUCAUAAUGAUGGAUUAGGAGUAUAUAUAGGAGAAAGUAAAAAUUAUAUUAAAUAAUUGAAUAUACUUGAUUAAAUUGAUGACUUUUUUAUUAAAGGUUAUUGUAUAUCAUUAUAUUAAUGUUCAGAAUGUAAAAGUUUAUAUUAAGUAUUAUAAUUCAGAAAGAAAUAUGCCUUAUAUUACACAAUAGAUGAAUUGAGAUAAUUUAUAUUUGCAAAUUUAAAGAUAAUGACUAAACAUCAUAUAAUGAAUGUGUCUAUAUAUAAUUAUAUUCUUAUUUAAAAUGAAUACAUGAUUUUAAAUUCAGUCAAUUAAAAUAAUAAUUAAGUAUGGUAAUUAAUUUAAGUUGUUAUUGAAAUGAUAUAUCUAUAGCCUAUUGAAGAUUUUGCCUAGGCUUUAUAAAAUUUAGAUCAUCCAUUAAAAUAUUUCUUAAUAGAAAUAAUUCAUGGUGAUAAAACUCCUAUUUAAAUUAUUGAUAUGAUGUUAGAUCAAAAACCUUUUUGGGAAAUAGACUUUUAGUUAGCUAAUGUGAAAAAAGAACAAUCAUAUUAGAUAUAUAUGGAAAAUAUGAAACAUUAAAUAAAUUUCCAUCUUAGAAUUAAGUAAUUUGAUAAAUGUUUAAUACUUAUAAAAGAAGUAGAAGAAUAUCUUAGAAUAACACAUUAUUAAACUACAUAAGAAUUAUUACCAUAUUUUGUAAAUUAAUUUUCUAAAAAUUUAAGUUAAUAUAUUUUGAGAUCAAAUGAAAUAAAAAAAGUUUUAGAUACUUUAUUAAUUUAUUAUUUUAAAAUUAGUGCUUUAUUUUCAACCAGAAAAGAAUUUGAAAAUGAGAUUUCUUAAUUAAUUGAUGGAUUAAAAAGAUGUAGUGCAUAAAUAAGAGUAAUGUUUAGAUAAUUAAGUUUAAAUGUUAAAUUAGAAAAUUUAUCAGAAAUUGAAUAAUGUAUUGUAUUGAAAAGAAAAUUGAAAUAAACUUCUGAAAAAUAAUCAUCUAUAAGUUCAUUUGAAAGAUUGAAUCUUAUAAAUACAUUAAGAAAAAAUUAAGAUUAUAUUCUUGUAAUUGUACAAUAUCAAACAUAAUUACAAAGAUAUUUAAAUUAAUUUUUAACAAUAAAAGCUAUAGAUUCCUAUUUCAACCAAAACUUUAUUAUGGCAGGAAUAUAAUAUUUAGAAAUAAUAUCUAAUUAAGAAAAAUUAGUAUUAAGAGAACCAGCACCUUAAUGUUUAAAUGUUCCUCUUGAUCAUAGUCCAGGAUUAAUAAAUCUUGAAUAGUCUUCUCCUUUAGAAGAUGAACAAAUUGCUACAGCUAAUACAGAUACAAAAACUGGUUGUUUGAUUAAUGGAGAUUAAUUAUAUUGCACUUAAUUACUCUACUUAAAAUUUUUAUAUUUAAUUAAUCUUUAUGAUAGUAAAAAUGAAUAAUUUUAAUAUUAUUACAAUGACUUUUAGGAAUUAAAUGGAGUAUAUGAACCUGUAUUUAAAUAUUAUUAAAAUCAAUUAAAAUUGUUAAAAAAAGAAGAUAUUACAGAACAAGAAUUAGAGGAAGAAAUGAAAUGUGAAAUUGGUAAGUAUUUAUGUAUCAAUAUUAUGAAAUGGUAAGAAAUAUGUAUACAUAAAUAUUUACAUCUCUUUUAUUCUGAUGAUGAUGAAAUUAUAAAAAGAUAACUACUUAUUUUUUCAAAUCUCGAACGAACAUUAGAAAAUAGAAAAUUACUUAUCUCUAAAAUUAAUUGUAAAUUACCUAUUACAUUUGAUUCAUAUAAUUGUUUAGUAUAAAUUAAACUAAUUUAAUAAAUCUUACAUUUAGAUAACUUUUAACCUAUUAGUCAUUCCAUCCCUUAAUAAAUAAAAACAAAGUAAAUUAAAUUUUCGAACAAAAUCUCAUAUAUAAAAUUAUUGCAAGAAUAUCAUAAUCUAUUUAAAAUAAAGAAAGACUCUUGGUUUUUCUAAUAAUGUUUAGAAGAAAUCCAAAUGUUUUACUUUUUAUCUAUUUGUUUUACAUAUUCACCUAAACAUAUUGAAAAUCUUGGUUAAGGAGAAUCUGAAAUUGCUACAUAUGCUGUGUAAUAAAUCAAAAAAUUUUAAUCAAAACCAAAAUUUUAUUGUUAAAUACUAAAAUGCACUUAAAUAAAUAAUAAAUAGGCUGGAUAAUUUUUGAUAGAUUCUUCCCUUACUAAAUAUUAAUAAUACUAAAUAUUUUGUUAAUUUUUGAAUUGCAGUCUUAAAUAACAUUCUUGUUUAAAAAACUCAAUAUAGAUGAUAGAUGAUAUCAUAACAGAUGAUAUUUAACCUUCUAUAAUAAUUCUGGGUUUACUUCAUACCUUUCUCUAUUUAUAAUAAAUAGAGAUUGUUGAUUUGAUACAUUGUUUCACAUCUAGAUUACUAUAAUCGUAAGCCUUCAUUUUCCAUAGAACCCAUCCAGGUUUUGAACAAGAUUUAUAGAUUGUAGAAAGUCUUUAUAAAGAUUCAAAUCAAUAUAUUCCUUAUCCACAAAAAUAUUUAUAUGAAUACACAAACGAUUUUAAAUAUUUUGAUGAUCCUAAAUUUCAUUCAUAAUACUUAUUAUUUAAUAUCUUAAUGAAUCAAGACUAUUUUUUAAUUUAAGAAAUAUUAUAAGAAUCUAUAUAACAAUUAAAGAAUCAAUCCAAUUUAAUUAGAUAUUUUGAUUUGUAUAAAUGUUAUUUAGAAGUUGUUAAUUCAAUGACUGGUUAAAUGGAACCAAAACAAUAAUUUAUGUAUUUAUAAUAAUUUAUUUAACUAUUAUAGACUAAAAUUAAAUGAUUACAAAGAGGGAACGUUGAUAUAUGCAAUAUUAGCCUAUUUUUAAUGUAAAUAUUAUAUAAAUUUGAUUGACUUUGAGAAUGCAUUAAAAUACUCUCAUAAAGUUCUUUAAUAUAUUAAUACAUUUCUUAAAUAGGAAAAGAUCAUAAUUUCAAUUAUGAAUGAUGUUUUAGUAAUAUAUAUAUAUAAUUAAUUUUUAUAGCAUAGAGAAUAUCCUAUAAAUGCAACUCUAAAACAAUUAUAAAUACUUGAAUAUGAAUAUUUAAUAGAUGAAAGUGCAGACUCAGAUUAUAUUCAUUUAUUUAAUAAUGAUUUUAUCAAUGAAGCUAUUUUGAAUCAUAUUAGAAUAUUAAUUAAUUUAGAAUAGAAUGUACCUAAGAUUAAUCUAUUAUUUUAAUUGUAAUUAGGAUUAGAAAAUAGAUAACAUAUUUCAUAUCUUUAGAUGAUAUAUGCUGAAUACUUUAAAUAUUUAUAAUCUGUUGAAGAUUUUACAUUGGUAGAGAAACUUAUAGAUGAUCCAACUAAUUAAGUUGAUGAUAUUAAAUAAAAAAUAUAAAAUGAAGAAAAGAAAUAAUAAGCAUAUUAUUCUUUAAAAUUAAAUAUUUUGGCAGAUGUAACUGAAAUUGAUUAUAGAUUAAAAAUUUUGGAUUUUUAAUUAAGUAUUUUUCAAGCAUCAAAAUUUGGAUUAAAUAAAAAGUUAAUAAAUAAUUGGACUUCAUAAAGUGCUUAAAGAGCAAUUGAUGGAUAUUUAAAAAUAUUACCAAUUAAAUAGUAAAUGGUUCAUCCAUAUAUUUCAAUUAUGUAUUUAAUAUAAUGUGAAUCAUAUUAAUUUUUAAAUUAGAUUUAAAAAGCAUAAAAUAUGAUUGAUUAAGCUGAAAUUAGUUUAAAGAGUUGGUUUGAUGACAAUAAACAUCCUUUAAAAGGUUUAUUUUUUUUUGCUUAAGGAAAUCAUUGUAAAUGGCUAUAUAAAUAGUAUCUAAGAUGUGUUAAAGAGAUUAUUGAAUUAAAUUAAUUUGAUGCUAUUGAAGUAAAAGUUAUUGUUUAAGGAUUAAUAAAUUAAGAUUCUUAAAUAAUAAAAAUAUUUGAUUAUUAUCAUUCAGGUAUAAUAAAAACAAUAGUUGGACACUUAACAAAUUUUAUAUAUUCAUAAAUUGGUAAACAUGUAAGAUAGAAUAUUUUCUAUAGAUAUAAAAUAUCUGAUGCUUAAGAUAUUUUAGAUGAUAUCAUUUAUACGAGUUCUAUAAAAGAAUUAAAUGGCAUCUCUUAAUAUUUAGAUGUAAAUAUGAAAUUAUAUUUAGGCUUUAGCAAUAUUUAAUCACUUUGAGACUGAACAUAAAUGUAUUGACAUCAUAAAAUGUGCAAUAAUUGCAGAAAAUUGA